GCUCGCCUCCAUUCCCGGGAUGCGGUGCAACAGGUGAGUGCCUCAGCCAAACCCCCGAUUCCCCUCUAGACUUUUUCCUCUGUUUGCCAAACAAGCUGGCCAGAUUCUUUUGCGGGCAGGGGUCCGAGAAUCCCCCUUCCUUUUGCAGAAGUGCUGCAUCUCCUCGAGCUUGGCUCUAGCCAAAAUCGUGGAAAAUUCAUUUGGUAACGAAGCUGAGGGGCUGUUCUGAGGGACUGGAGAGGGGCGCUCAGGGAGGCUGGAUUGCAGAGGGGCACUCAGGGAGGCUGGAUUGGAGAGGGGCACUCAGGGAGGCUGGAUUGGAGAGGUGCUCAGGGAGGCUGGAUUGCAGAGGGGCACUCAGGGAGGCUGGAUUGCAGAGGAGCACUCAGGGAGGCUGGAUUGGAGAGGGGCACUCAGGGAGGCUGGAUUGCAGAGGGGUACUCAGGGAGGCCGGAUUGGAGAGGUGCUCAGAGAGACUGGAUUGGAGAAGAGCACUCAAGGAAGCUGGAUUCUCCAGAGAUGAGAACUCAGAGAGGCAGAGCCAGCGCAGCCAUUGGAGUGGAGGAACAGCUGCUCUGCCUGCGUCUCUUAGCUGUUCCCAGCUCCGAGGAGGAACUGGCCAAAGCGCGUGGCGGACAAAUCCCCGUCAUCCCGAGCUCUGUGGCCAGCUGGAGACCGGGCUCCGGAGGAGGCUGCCAUCCAGGGCCCUGCCGGCGUAUUCCAAGGCUCGUUCUCUCCCUGUCCCCAUCGCUUCUCAGCGGUGAGCACAUGGCUAUCAUUUGUCUCCCCCCUCCGCUUCGCAUUUCUGCCUUGUUCAGGCACCUCUCCAACCCUUGAGGGAGCCCUUGGGACUCUGAGAGGAUGUGCCAAGCGGGAGGCCUGUUGCUUUUGUAAAAAUUAGGGAAAAAGUCCUCCCCCUCUUCCCUCCUCCUUGCCUCCCCCUCGUCCCCCACCCCCACUCUCAGCAGUGAGGUAGGAAAAGUGAGAGCAAGUGACAUCAUGGAUGGGAGGGACCAGGAGCGCUUCUUAACGGAGAGAGCUAGCUCCCAGACAGCCCAGACAGGCUCGGCAGCUCGGCUCGGCUCGGCUCGGUCCCCUCCAGUCCGGUCCGGUCCAGCGCGGCCCGGCCCGGCCCUGCCGUUUCCUCCCCCCUCAUGGCGGGGCUCAGCAUGAGCAACGGCAGCGCGGAGCUGCCCGGGUACCGGGCUCUGGACGCUUCCCCCGUGCGCCUGCUGCAGCCCCUGUGGGACGUGGUCAGGGCCCGAGAGGGGCUGCUGCAGUCUCCCUUCUUCCCGGUGCUGUUCUCCGGCGCCACCUACACCGCCUUCUGCCUGCCCUUCGUGGUCCUGGACUUGGUGGGCGCCCGCGCGCCCGCGCUGAGGAAGUACAAGAUCCACCCGAACUUCUACCCGUCGGCGGGCCAGCUCCUGCUCUGCCUGCUGCACACGCUCUACCAGCACGUCGUCUUCAUCCUCCCGGUGACCGUGCUCCGCUGGCACUGGGGCCCGCCCAGCUGGCCGGCCGCGGCCCCGGGCCUCUGCGAGCUCCUGUCCCACGUGACGGCGUGCCUGCUGCUCUUCGAUGCCGAGUUCUUCGUCUGGCACGUGCUGCACCACAAGGUGCCCUGGCUCUACCAGACCUUCCACAAGGUCCACCACAAGAACACGGCGCCCUUCGCGCUGGCCACGCAGUACCUGAGCGUCUGGGAGCUCUCCUUCCUGGGCUUCUUCAGCUCCCUGAACCCCACGCUGCUGGGCUGCCACCCCCUCACCACCAUGAUCUUCAACGUGGUCAACAUCUGGCUGUCCGUGGAGGACCACUGCGGCUACGACUUCCCCUGGUCCACUCACCGCCUGGUGCCCUACGGCUGGUACGGCGGGGUGUCCCACCACGACAUGCACCACAGGAAGAUCAAUUGCAACUACGCCCCCUAUUUCACCCACUGGGAUAAGUUACUGGGGACCCUGAACUCGGGCUUCUCCGCGGGAAACGCCCCGACCCCGGGCCCGUGGAACUGAGCCCUCCCCGGGGGGGCAGGUGAACAAACCGGAGGGUCCCGCUGUGAGGGAGAGAUGUUGCCUAGUUAGAAGCUCCGAGAGUUGGGAUGUCGGGUAUUCUGACAGCCUGAGCGCAUUCAUUUCCAACGAGAAGGAUGCAAGGUUAUAUAUAGAGCUCGAGAUGCACAUAUAUAAAAAAAGAAAUCUCUCUGUAAAUAUCAGUGUCUAACUAAGCCGAGAGAACGGUGUAGACUUGACCUUGAACGCCAAUCCUCUGAGGAUUGGAACCCGGUACCCGGGACGGCCUGAGCUGCUGCUCCUUGUCGGAGGUCGCUCCGCGGAGGUCGAACCCGGGACCACCUGGGCCCCGUACUAGAAGGGAUCGCUGAGCCGGGCUCGCCCGCUUCCAGAAGGGGCUUCGUAGAGCAUCCGUCUGCCUCGUCUAUUUAUAAUCUGUGGCGCUGAUUCUGCUGGACAGUGAAUGAGCCGAGAAAAAGUUUCUAUUUUUCCUUCCUUUGCACUAGAAUCUGUAUUUAUACUGUACCGUCCGAUGUGAUGUUUGUGUUUCUGAUUUUUUUCAACGAGACGAAACAAAAACGAAACAAGCCCUCCCAAAGCAAAACGGACAGAAUGACGCUUGUUUUAUGUGCUUGGUUUCUUGAGGUGGGGGUACGUCCGCUCCUUAUGUGCUGUCUGGAUGUGGGCAAGUAUCUCCCCCUCUGAGUGCCUCAGUUUCUCUCUCUGUCAGAGGAGAGGGAGUUAGAUUAGAAGAUUCCGGGAGCCCUUGCAGCUGAGGCAUUCAGCUCUCUGGUAAAACAGGAGGGAGAGAAGGGGGGAAGAGUGGAGAGAGGAGGAUGCUGUCUGCUAAGCAACGGGGCAGCCGGAAUGGAGCUGGUGCUUGCGGGAUGCCUGCCCACAGGCAAGGGGGGAGCGAGCAGUCUCAGGGAAGUAGUUUUGAUUUUUCUUGGGGGAGGGGCAGGAAGAAAGCUUUCUCGGGGUGAUGGAGCGGAUGCCUUUACGGAAGCGCCUGUGCCCCCCGACACCUUCUGCGGGCUGCGCAGAAGCCGAUAGCAGGAAGGGUGAAUAUUGGGGGCAGCUCAGCCCCGGCGGUCGGCGCCGGCCCAGCCUCGGAGGAACUGUCUGGUAGCGCGGGGCUGCGGGGAAAGGGAGAGCCGGCCUCGGCUGACAGGACAGUGUUCGUCACCAGCGGAAAGAAAACCCGCCGGACGCAUUUUAAAUGCACCAGAGGAGCUCGAUCUGAAGAACCGCGAGCAGCGUUGGGGAUGAAGGCUGCCUGGGAAGGUGGAGGAGGUGGGCUCAGCCUGGCCGCUUCCCCGUGCUCCCUGAGGAGGGGAGGGGCCGAACAUGGGACCAUUCCGGCCUGAGUGCUGAUGGAGACCUUAGAGUGGGGCCUCGCUUCAUUUUCCGGACAGAACUGAGAGCCCAAGAGGCUCUGACUUAGCCAGGGUCACCCCAGAGCUGGGAUUCAAAGCCAGAUUCUCCAACUCCAACUCCCUUGAUCCCUGUGUCAUGUCAAAUGGGAAAACAAGGAGCCUAUGACUAUGAAGCGUGUGCUGCAGGUUUGAGAAGGGCCAGUCCUUCAUCUUUUUAGCUCCAAGGAAUCCAGUCCUUUGGGGACAUAGGAAAACCUAAACUGUUUCAUGAAAUGGGAAUCCUCACGUACACAUUUAUUUCCUGUUUUAGCAGCCCUAGCCCCUGAGCUGUAUGUUCAUAUCUUUCUCUUUCCCAUCCUCUAACCUAUCAUUCUGUUUGUCUCUGUUCUUCUAUUUGUGUGUCAGUCUAUCUAUCCAUCUAGCCAUUCAUCCAUCUCUCUACAGACUGUCUAUCUUUCUGUUUAUAUUAUCUAUUCCAUCUAUUUAUCCAUUUAUCUAUUCAUUUAUCUAUCCAUCCUAUCCAUCUGUCUACUCAUUCAUUUAUCUUAUCCAUCCGUCUGUCUCUAUUAUCUAUCUAUCCACCUGUCUAUUCAUCUAUUUGUUUUCCUUUCUUUCUUUUUCCUCCUUCCUCCUUUCAUCUUUCUUUCCUCCUUUCCUCCUUUCCUUCUUUCCUCCUUUCCUUCCUUCCUUCCUUCUUCCUUC